CAUACGUGCAAAAGUACGCCAGGGCAGCUUGAACGAUAUAGGGCGGCCUAACCACACAUCAAGGACACUUCGCCACUAAAACAGCCAUAUCAAACAUUUCAAUAACUCGUCUAAAUUCACCAGAGCAUAGUCACCAUGGGUGUUAUGAGCAAUACCUCCGAGACGGUCAUUACCCACCCCCGUGAGGUAGUUUACGACUAUGCCAGCAACCCAACUACCUGGGGAACGAACUACAAAGGCAGCGGCGGCAUGGUGGGCGAGGAUGAAAUGCACAAAGAUCUCCCUCUCAAGGUCGGCCAUGAAUGGACUGAGAAAGUGACGCUUGGCCAAAACACCUACCACUCGACUUGGGUGUUGAUCACGGCGGUGCGGCCAUUCAAGUGGGUGAUCCAGCAGACCAAUGGAAUCGGCAAGUUGCCAGACGGAUCCGGCGGCGUAGAUGGCAUUACCACCAUAACGUACACUUUCGAAGAGGCAGGAGAAGGACAGUGUCUAUUUAGAAGAAAUCUGAGUUGCGAAUUGCCCAAGGGAGUUGAUUGCGCAGACGACCUAUUGACGGUGAUGGCUCGGCCGGGUGGCAUUGAUCGAUAUCAUGCCAAUAUCCAAAAACAAUUAGACCAGGCAGCUGGAAAGAAGUGAUAGCGCUGCGCUGUUUGAUGCAACAUGAAGACGCCGACCACAGGCUGUGAGAUAUGAAAGGCUUCCCAAGUACUCAAUAUUGAUGGCCCGCAGAAUUACCAUGGGGUUCGCGUAACGCCUGGCUGGUGACGUGCUUGUUGCUCAAAGCUCACAGCACAGCAGCACCAACCAUGAGAAUGGCGCCAUUUCUCUCCAGGCUUCCCCUCCAGGUGUGCCUAGGUUGAACCCCGUAGCUAAAUCUCGGAUGUGUCGGACGGCUAUG